AUUAAAGUGUGAUAAUGAAGUUAUCAAAUAUACGCAGUAAUAUCUCAAACCACCAUAACAAAAUAAAAUAGAAUCCCUAUAUCAAAUAAUAAUCAAAUAUAUCAAUUUGACAUUAAAAAAUAUUUUAUGUAUGAAAUCAAAAUGGUCUUAAAUUUUAUGCACAAAAAUUGUACAUCAUAUUUUAUAAAAUAAAGCAACAAGAGAACAAGGAAGAAGGGGAACUGGAUCGGAGGAGGAAUACGAAUGGCGAGUCUAAUUUUCACCCUGUCCCUAACUUGUAUCUUCCCGGCUUGCUUUGCCGCAUUCGUCUUGUUCAAGUUCAUCACCUCCGAUGGGGAUUUCACUUUAAUUUCCAAGAAGACUGUGAAGCGUGAAGAAAUCGAAGACAAGGUUAUUUGGAUUACUGGAGCAAGCCGUGGAAUAGGGGAGGUCCUUUCGAAGCAACUUGCCAGCAUAGGAGCAAAACUCAUUUUAUCUGCACGAAAUGAGGCUGAACUAGAGCGCGUGAGGCUGCAACUUUCUGGAAAACAUGCACCAAAUCAAGUGGAGAUUUUGCCUCUAGAUUUGACAGCAAGUGAAGAUGCUCUUAGGAAGGCUGUAGAGAAAGCUGAAUCUUUCUUUGGUGGAUCUGGCGUGGAUUAUAUGUUCCACAAUGCAGCCUAUGAGCGACCUAAAACAACAGCACUGGAUGUCACAGAAGAAAGUCUCAAGGCUACAUUUGAUGUGAAUGUUUUGGGCCCAAUAUCUUUGACGCGAUUGCUGGCGCCCUACAUGCUGAAGCGGGGAAGAGGACAUUUUGUUGUGAUGAGCAGUGCUGCUGGUAAAGCUCCUGCACCAGGUCAAGCAGUAUACUCAGCUUCCAAAUGUGCAUUGAAUGGGUAUUUUCACACAUUGCGUUCUGAGCUUUGUACGAAAGGGAUUAAGAUAACUAUAGUUUGCCCAGGACCUGUAAAGACAUCACAGAGCCCUGAAGCAAGCAUCUCAAGAGCAGGGGGUGCCGGUGCCACUGAGAAGCGCGUCUCCUCUGAACGGUGCGCAGAGCUGACCAUAAUUGCAGCCAGCCAUGGUCUCAAGGAAGCCUGGAUAUCAUAUCAGCCUGUGCUUGCAGUGAUGUACUUAGUGCAGUAUGCGCCAACUAUUGGAUACUGGCUAAUGGACAAGAUCGGAGCAAAGCGUAUAGAAGUGGCAGCCGAGAAGGGCAACACCUACUCUUUGGGUUUGCUCUUUGACAAAAAGAAGGCACAGUGAACCGGUUUAAUCUCCAUGUUUAAAAGGCUGAGUUAUGGUGUCGUCUCUUUCGCGGUAGGAGUACAAUGUUGUUAUUCUGUCCAUUACUAAGGGAGCUAGCCAAAAGAGUCGUUAUUGACAAUGUUUAAUCAUUUGCUUCUUUCACAUGUGUGCCAAACACUAAAGUGCUAUUCCACUCAUGUUCCAAAAUAAUCUUUUGUGUUUGACUUUUACGGAGUUUAAAAAAGCUUUGAAAUGUGA